AUCACAGGGCACAUAUAAACAAACAACCAUUCGCACCUACGGGGAAUUUAGAGUCUUCAAUCAACCUACCGCGCAUGUUUUUGGGAUGUGGGAGGAAACCAGAGUGCCCGGAGAAAACCCAUGCAGGCACGGGGAGAACAUGCAAACUCCACACAGGCGGGGUCGGGAUUCCCUUCUUCUAAAACAGUUUAUGAUUGCUGUGCCUUUUUCUGAAGUGUUUUAGUACCAUUGUAUGCUUUGUUUUUUAAAUGUUUUGAGAUUUUAUGAAUGAAUAAUACGUGUUAUGAUAUGCUGCUAUUAUGAUGCAUGGAUGUGGCUGCCUCUUGGCCAGGUCAGUGUAAGUGACAUUUGGUUCUCAACUGAUUUACCUGAUUAAAUAAAAACAGAAUACAUGUAAACCUGUUAACUCACAAACAAGUGAUGAAAACCUAACCUAAACUGUAUACAGCAAUCGAGGGCAACCCCCACCCCACUGAAUACUAACGAGCACUUUAUUAUCGUGCAUUAUUAUCUGAUUCGAAACCACCCUGCUUUUUUCCCCUUUUUCAUACAUAAUUUGACAUACAAAACAACAGACAGGAAAUGCUCUUUCAACAGUCCGCUGCUUUAGUUUACUACUUGUCUAAGUUACUAUCUUUCGCUCACCCCCGCACGGUUUCAAAAAGGGUGCUGAUGCUUGCUGUUCCUCAACAAUAUAAGAAUUAGCCUUGGCGGCCACUUGAUGCAUUUGAUCAUCACGUCAACUGGACUUCUGCUCUUCAUUUAUUUUCAGUGUUAUUUCACCAGAAUGAGAUCAAUGUGGAUAUUUGGGCUCCUGUUCAUCAGCCUGAUGGGAGCAAAUGGACUCAACUACUUCCCUAAAAAUUUCGUGGUGGCAAAGAGAAACGACGACGCCUUUGUCACAUUGCCGUGUGGUGCAACAUCCAAGGGAAAUGAAGUCCAAUGGACGUUUAGAGGUGAGGAGAUGGAGUACGAGGACAACGUGCUUAAGCAUGGUCCAAAUCUACGGGUCAACGAGGUAGACGGUCCUGUGCUGGGAAAUUACACUUGCUGGAGCGGAGGAGAGAGCGCGUCCAUUUAUCUCCUGCUGAUGGUCGAGGAUGACAAGGAAUUUGAUUCCUUCCUCACGUGUCGCGCAAAUUCUUACAACUGCAUGUUUAGCUGUACGUGGAACGACACUACAUACGAAGCUGUGCGCCUUGGACUGGGCCCAGAUUGCCGUAAAGGAGGCAACUCAUGCCCGUGGGUCAGCAGCAACGAACAAGAUGGGAGACUCCAAUUUGAGCUUAACCACUCGCUCUCCCCCUACGCCGAGGAGAACACCAUGCUGGAACUCACGGCUGAGGCCAUUGAGGGUCAUUCCGUCCUGAGGAAGACCAAGCGUUUUUAUCUUCGCGAUAUCAUUGAACCAGACAGUCCUCAGAUUGUCAAAUGUCAAGAGUAUGAGCAACAUUUGAGCUUGACCGUCCAUCCUCCAUCAAGCUGGUCCACCCCUUACAGCUUCUUCGGCCUGGAACAUGAAGUGGAAUAUAUGGACUCUGAUGAAAAGAUCGGACGUGUCUCGCCCUCCCACAUACCCAAGAAUAUCCACAAGCUGAAGGUUCGCUCCCGAGAUCCGCUGGUGCAGUCAAAAUGGAGCCAAUGGACUAGCUGGACAAAUGUCCAAGGAGGAAAAAGGAAACUUCUCAAACCCCAGAAGGGCGUGAUAUAUUGCAAUCCAAAGAUGCAUUCUCGAAACGUGGACCUUUGUAAAUGAAGAAGAAACAGAGCUCAAUAGGGUUAGAAAAGAUUUUCAACGGACAGUGUAAAAACAACUCCACAUGAAAUCAUUUGAAAAUAUUUUGUUAACUACAUCAUCAUCUUUGAGUGUGCGCCAAGUAGGUGAUGUCACUGAACCAUCAUUAAAGUAACUGAUGCAUACGUACUGUAUUGUAAAGUUUUUGGGGAAUUUCAGCCAGCCUGAACUGAAAAGGCUAAGAAGAUCAUUUAAAAAACAAUAAAUCUACUCCACUCCAGUAGUUUGAAUGAGUUUUACUCACACCUAAUCUAUUUACACACCAGCUCAGUGAGGUUGU